AUGUCUGUAAUUUUUCAAGUUUUAGCUACUGUUGUCGUCAGCUUCAUCUGUCUGUCCGUGGGUAUAUUAUACACAUGGCCGUCAUCAACUCUCGUUCUGUUCACAUCUCCAAACACAACUCUCAAUCGAGUCAUGACUGAAACUGAAGUUUCCUUACUGGGUAGCUUAUCGUCCAUCAGUGGAAUCAUAGUUACACCAUUUGCUGGCUAUAUAAUGGAUUCCUUGGGACGGAAAUGGGCAUGUAUAGUAUUCAACCUGGCGCAAAUAGCAAGCUGGGUGAUCGUGUGUACAUGCACAAUGGUAGAAGCGAUACUCUUCGCCAUGUUUGUGUUCGGUUUGAGCAGUUGCAUGUUCAUCGUUGUACCGAUAUACGUCAGCGAAUUUUGCGAAGAUUCCAUACGAGGUUCCAUGAUGUCUAGUUCGAUGGUGUCCUAUGGGCUCGGCAUGUUGGUAUCAUACGUAAUGGGAGGACUUUUGGAUUAUGAUACUAUGAACUACGUUGGGUUGUCAGUGGCCGUGCUGGGUUUGGUCCUUUUCGGUACUAUGAAGGAGUCACCACUGCACCUCUUGAAUAUUGGACGAGAACGGGAAGCGCGACGAUCGGUUGCCUUUUACAGAAACGUAAAAAUCACUUCAAAGGUAGUUGACGAAGAGAUAGAAAAAAUUAGAAGGAUUCUAAAUCCCGAAGAUGACACAGAUACAAAAAUCGAAGAAAAGCAGGAAUUAAAUGUACAGGAAGCAGCAACAACGAAAAAAUCUCAAUGGCAAUGCUUGAAAAAAUCCCGAAUAGCACAAAGAGGAUUAGUAGUCAGUAUUGCACUCUACACAGCUUCAAUAUUCCAAGGACUUAUCGUGGUUCAGGUGUACGCUGGCCCUUUGUUUACUCAGGCAUUGCCGACCAUGUCCGCCACCGUUUCGAGUGUGUUGUUCGCAUUAGUUACUGUCAUCGCUAGCCUUAUCGCAGCUUAUUUCAUGGAUAUGUUAGGCAGAAGACCACUAAUGAUCUACGGAUCUAUAGGAACGGGGCUAUGUUCCGCAAUAUUCGGGUCUCAAAUACAUGUAAACUGGGGUCCGAACUGGUUGACGGCUGUGUUCAUGUUCCUCUACAGCCUCACCUACAUAAUCGGUGCUGGGACGGUACCUUACGUCGUCGUUGGUGAAAUUUUCAUGCCUGAGGUAAAGAGUCUGGCGUCAAUGAUCGCGACGGAAUGGGCUUUAGUUUGUAACUUUAUUGUGCUCUUUAUUUUCAACCCUCUUGUUAACAGCGUAGGUCUGGGACCUGUGUUCUACAUAUUUUCAAUUUGCUGUUUCUUAUCCGGACUUUUCUGUUUCUACUACUUGCCGGAGACCAGCGGUCUAGCAGUCGACGAUAUACAGGAACGGCUGAAGCGACCUCGUAACAAUAAACCGUAAAAUAUU